AUGGGCCUGGCUCCGGCCCUGCUGGAGGAGAUGGUUUACGACGAAAACGGCAACAACCUGACCGGCACCUUCAUGGACUACCUGUUGCCCACUGCAGUGGAAACGCCGGUGUGGGAAACGGACCGGACGGUCACACCUUCUCCCCACCACCCGCUGGGGGCCAAGGGUAUCGGCGAGUCCGCCACCGUGGGCGCACCGGCGGCCAUCGCCAACGCCGUCGUGGAUGCCCUCUGGCACCUGGGCGUCCGCAACAUUGACAUCCCCAUAACGUCGGCCAAGGUCUGGAAAGCCCUGCGGGACGCCGGGGUGGACGAGUAA